AUGAAGCUCUCCGCCGCCCUCGCCCUCCUACCGGCCCUGGCUCUCGCCACGCCGACGCCGACGGUCGAGAAGCGAGCCACCACCUUCUGCGACCAGUGGGGCUCCGCCGUCACCGGCACGUACACCGUCUACAACAACCUCUGGGGCGCAUCGUCGGGCACCGGCAGCCAGUGCACGACCCUGACGGGCCUGUCCGGCAGCAACCUGCAGUGGUCGACGACGUGGUCCUGGUCCGGCGGGCAGUACAAUGUCAAGUCGUACGCCAAUGCCGUCGUCAACAUCAGCAAGAAGGCUCUGAGUGCGAUCGGCAGCAUCCCCUCGACCUGGAAUUGGAGCUACUCCGGAAGCGGCCUCGUCGCCAACGUUGCCUAUGACCUCUUCACCUCCUCGACGGCCUCGGGCGCCCCUCAGUACGAGAUCAUGAUCUGGCUCGGCUCCCUCGGCGGCGCCGGCCCCAUCAGCGAGACUGGCAAGACCAUCGCCACGCCCACCGUCGCUGGCCGCACCUGGAACCUCUACAAGGGCUCGCACAGCCAGAUGACCGUCUUCAGCUUCGUCGCGCCCAGCAAUGUGCAGAGCUUCAGCGGCGACCUCAAGGCCUUCGUCACCUACCUCGUCAACAGCCAGGGCCUGCCGUCCUCCCAGAUCCUCCAGAGCAUCGGCGCCGGCACCGAGCCCUUUGUCGGCUCCAACGCAAAGUUCACAACGACCGCCUACACUGCCUCGAUCUCUUGA